AUGAUUGUUGGACACAAGGUCAAGCAGGAAGCCAAAGAGGAGGUAGGAGAAGGUGAGUCCAUGUCGGAGGACUUCUCAAGUGCAACUGACAAGGAGCUCCAAAAGAUGAAGGAAGAGAUGCUGCAGGAUGCAGCUACCAUCGUUGGGCAGGAGGUCAAACAGGAGGUUGAAGAGGUUGUGACGAACACCGAUGCAGUAGAGCCAGCAAUCCCUCCCACUGCCAAGCGUCGCCGCCUGGCUCGAUGGGAAACACAAAGAAAGCAAGCAGCCCAGACUUUGAUUGAGGCUUUCGUCAAGAUGGACGAGGCUGAUGAGCUGCAAGUCUCGAAGAUCAGGAGGGAGCAAGGCGACGGCGAAGCAAGCAGCUUUGCUGAGGGAGUCGAAGGUUUGAUGUUUGCCGUGGAACAAGCACCAGAACAGGUGAAGCCAAUCGAAGACACGAUGAAGGAAGCCGCACCGGUGCCAAAUCAGAUUCCAUUGCCCCGAUUUGCGGAGGGUGUCAAGGCGCUUCAAGAUUCUGUCCCUCAAGCUCCUGAGACUCCCGCGACAUCAGCGAAACCCACGCUCUUCCGGAGGGACAACUCGGGGAAGCAGAGUGGGGUUUCAGCUGUGAAGUGGAACAAGGGCUGCUGGGCAUGGGAGGUCAAUUUCCCACUCUUUGACAAGAAGGGUAAGACGAGAGGCCGUACAAACCGGCAGUUCUCCCUCAGCAAGUUCAUGAAGGAGGGCGUCACCGAGACCGAAGCCGACGCGGCGGCGCUGGAGGCGGCCAAGGCCUUCCGAGCCGAGCUGGUGAAACAGGGCGUCCUCAAGGAGCCGAAGCCUGUGGACCCCAACUUCACCAGCGAGGUGCCGGGGGUGUGCUGGGCGAAAGCGAGAAAAAAGUGGCAAGUGCUGCUCAAUCCAAAAGGGAAGAAGCGGAUUCAUGGCGGCCGCUUCACCGACAAGGCCGCCGCCGAGUCCAAGGCCUUGGAACUCGCGAAGCUCCACGGCUUGGAGCGCAAGGUGACGGCCGUGGGUCGCUUCUCGGAGCUGCCGAUCUUCGAGGCGAAGGUGCCCUACCCCGGGGUGACAUGGGACCAGGCUAGGCAGCAGUGGCGUGCCCAGUGCCAAAUCAACGGAACAAAUCAGCAUUUUCGUGUGAAGCCGAAGGACCACAGCGAGGCCGAACUCGAAGCGUCUCACAAGAAGGCCGUGGUUUGGAGGAAGAAGCAGAAGAAGGAGCGGGUGAAGGCGGCGAAGCCAACGAGAAGUCAAAAAGAGAGUGGAUUCGAGCUAUGUCAAAUGUUGGGAAUCUCCACGGCACCGUCCAUCUCACCGGUGCAGAGCUUUUGGGCCCCGGCCGACAGGAUCGUCGAUGCCUGGAAGGCGGACGCCUUGUCCUUUGGUGACGAGUGGUUCCAGCGGGUGGUGCUCUCCCCGGUGCUGGGGCGCUUGGCGGCCACGUUGGGCGGCUGGUCCGGCGCGCGGGUGGCCGAAGACCAGGUGUGGAUCAAGCCGCCGGGCGCUGGCCCGCUGGUCUUCCACCGUGACUCGCCCUACUUCGACUUCGAGCCCGAUCACGUCAUCACGCGCCUUUGGCCGAUCACGCGGACGGGGACCCGCUUAGACCGACCGGAACUUGAAGGGCUGCAGCUGCGAAGCAGCAACGAGUCCUGGGCUGACAUGACUGAAGAGGUCCGGGUGUGUAGACACAAACGAUUGGACCAGCAACGGCGUCAAGCUAGUACUUUUUACUUAUCGACCACCUUGCGUUUAGCUUGCCAUUUGUUGGAAGAGUUCAAGGUAUUCUUCGAGGUCAAGCGAGAGAUCUGCCGGGAGAUAUGCCGGGCGCAGCCACUCUAUGACGCUUGGAAGGAGGCCGCCCGCUACAAGCCAGGACAGGGAGACGGACCAACCGAGGGGGUUGGCAUGGCGAGCUUCAUUGCGGAGGAUCCAGCAGGUUACUCCAACAUGAAACAGUGGUACAGCAUGAUGGAAAGUGACCUGGUCAUGUACCAGGAACAGCUGAAGGAGUAUGAGGAGAGGGAUGCAGCAGCUGAAACCACUGAGCAAGUUGGACAGCGGGAGCAGUAA